AUGCCCAGUAGUGAUCUAGGCACUGAGGAAUCAGGGCUGAUUAAAGACGUCAUUUUUGCUCUCCUUGAAACAAGCAUGUUGCUGAGGCAGACACCAUGUGCUAUAACAACUUCUCCAGCACUGACUGUCUUCCCAGGAUGCUACUGGGGCAGCUACAGCUACCCCCUGGGGUAUAGAUGGUGUGGCUACGUCAGCACCCACUCCCCAGUGGGCUAUGGUUUUGGCUAUGGCUACAAUGGCUGUGGGGUUUUCGACUACAGAAGAUUCUGGCCAUUUGCUCUCUAUUGA